AUGAUCACAUCAGACUACUGGCUCAACCUCAAAAAUAUGUGGACCAAUUUUCCUAUUCGUGAGAUCUCGGGGUUAUCCAAAUGGUACACAUUGGCGCAAUACGCAUUUUGGUUGCAGCAAUUCCUUGUCCUACAUGUCGAAAAACGUAGAAAAGAUCACUGGCAAAUGUUUGCCCAUCACGUCGUCACUACGCUCCUAAUAUUCUGCAGCUACUGCUAUCAUCAAACAAGAGUUGCCAACCUAAUUCUCUGCAUCAUGGAUACCGCUAAAUGUCUCAAAUACGCCGGCUACGAUGUCCUCUGCAACAUCAUGUUCGGCCUCUUCAUGAUCGUCUGGGUCGCCGCGCGCCACAUCAUUUUCAUGAUGGCUACCUAUUCCGUCUACGCACAUAGCGAUACCGCUAGCCCACCAGGCUGCUACAAAGGUCAGAUGGGAUCAAUCACCGGACCAUUUCCACCAUCUGACCGCUACGCACAUCUUCUCGAACCCUUUAUCCGGCCUGGGGGACUGGUAUGUUGGACUGGUCCUGUGAAGUGGGGUUUUGUAAAUUCACUUCUUUUUUUGCAAGUUCUUACUUUGAUAUGGUUUUCUAUGAUUUUGAAGGUUGCACUUAAGGUGCUAAAGGGAGGGAAAGCGGAUGAUACGAGGAGUGAUAAUGAAGAAAAAGCAGAAAACGAAAAUGGAAUGGAUGCUGAGAGCGAAGAGACCCAGUCGAAAGAAAAAGAAGAACAUGACCUCGAUACCGCUCAGUAUUCGGAUAAUGGACAAAGAAUGAAGUCGAAACCAUUGGGAGAAAUCGGUGCGGAAUCCCUCAAUUUUCGAGGCAGAACAUUGCUUGCAUACCAAAACAAACCUAAGAAGAACACUGGACACAUGACCGGAGCCAGCGCUGUCAAGAACUAA